AGGCCGGGUCGUCAGACUUGAAAUUUCUCUUUGCUUAAGUUUUCUUUCUUGUUUUUUCCCCCCAUCCUUUGGACAUUCUAUACACAUCAGAACAGACGGGGCAAGAGAGCAGACUUGUGUGUAUAUGUUGUACACACAUAUUCGGACCCAGUAUAUAUAGAUAUAUAUCAUAUAUAUACACACACACAAGUGUUGCCAAGACUUUUUAGGUCUGUUCUUUUCUAGACAUUUUCAUGUUGAUUUAUUGCGUUUCGAGUUUUCUUUGGGGCGAGAAUUUAAAAAUCGAAUUUGAUUUUUUUUUUAAACAUUGUUUGAUUAGUUGUGAGUGCUUUUUUUUCAAAUUUUCUUGUGCGUAGUGUUUGUGUGUAUGUGUGUGUAUGUGUUUCUCGUUCUACGAGCUACUGGCAGUGCAUUUUUCGUGUGAUACUUAAUCAACACCAUCCUGCUUUCCAUUUUGUGUUUGGAGUCGGUGGAAAAGGAAGAAACUUCCUUGAAGGAUAUGAUUGGAGGAAAUUAAGUCGUUUUGAUUGAAAGAAAAGACGAAAAUCAAAGAAGACGAGACGUUAUGGAAACUAAUGUGCCUGUCUUAUCGUCGCGAUCGGAUUGCAAUUUGAACUGGAUGACACGCGUUCCAUCCCCUUUCCCGCCGGGCGUCGUUGAGCACCUCCCCCCCGACGGACGACUUCAUCAUCAAAGGAGACUAGCAGAGACAGCCCCAGAAACGGCCAACGUAAUGAAUUAUCCAGCUCAGCAGCCAAAGGUUUUGAUGACACGAACGAAAGUGGAGACGAUGGCCGAUCAACGUCGCGCUCCUCCGCCUCCUCCGCCGAGAGGUGUGACUCUCCGUUCGCCAUCUGCUGUUAUCGCGCCUUCAGGCGCUUUUGGAACAGCUCAUCCGCCUUCGUCGAUUGCGACAUCCGCCAGCACGUCGGCCGUCAAUCGACUCCCUUUCAAAACGUCCAAUGCCGUCGCCCCCAAUGCGAUUGCACCUACCAUUAAGCCGGUGAUGAAGGAACACGUUCCAGCCGAACUGUCCGCUGGAUUGUCGGUGGUGCAGCAGCAACACCAUCCGCAAGGCUACCUGGAAACACGAUACGCCUACAGCGUCAACGGCAUCUUAGGGUCGGCCGCCCAAGCGUCCGCAGCCGCCGCUUUCUUCGCCAGAGCGUCACAGAAAUUGAAUUUGGCUUCGCCUCAGCGCCGGAAGCGUCACGGCUCGUCUGAUGGAGCCGAAUCGCCCAUUCCGGCAGCCGUUCACCGUUUUGGAACGGAUUUCAGCGGUUUACUGCGCCGCAACCCACCGCCUCCUCCGCCGCACCUUCUGCGCCGGCUCGGACUCCGCGAGAAUCCAGGCGUCGGAAAAGUGAGGGUAAUGCUGCGAGUAGCGGGCGACCCGACGACGUCCAACUUUCUCAGCGUCGAUAAGAAGCGCAAACAGUUGACGCUUCAAGAGCCCGGUAAUCAUAGUUCGCUGACGUUAGCGUCGUCUUCGUCGUCGGAGAAAGAGCAUCAAGUUGGCGCCGAGGACCGUCGCGUGGGUGUGGCCGCGCCCAAAAUGUUCGCAUUCGACGGCCUCUUCACCGCCGCUGACAAUUCUCAGGGCGACGUUGCCGCUUCAGUGCUGAGUGACAUUGUCACCGCCGUCAUCAACGGCUCGGACGGAUGCGUUUUCUGUUUCGGACACGCUCAACUCGGUAAAACGACUACGAUGGUGGGUUCGUGUUCGGAAGACAUUGGUCCCGGACUUAUGCCGACGGCCAUCGCUUGGCUCUUCCGCGGCAUUGGCGAACAGAAGAAUAAAACCGGUGCAAGGUUUUCGGUUCGCGUUUCAGCCGUCGAAAUUGCUGGCCCAGCUGAAGUUCUCCGCGAUCUUCUCGCUCCACACGCAACCGAAUCUGAAGAGUCGCCGGGCGUGUACUUGCGCGACGAUCCUUUGCUGGGCACUCAACUGCAAAAUCAAAGCGAAUUGCGAGCUCCGACGGCUGAAAAAGCCGCCUUCUAUCUGGAUGCAGCUCUAGCUGCUCGUACGGAUGCAUCAUCGCCGGAUGCGCGUUUUUCCCAUUUGCUCUACACGUUGCACGUCUACCAGUACAGCGUCGAUAGAAACCCCAGCCGAACUGGCAGCAGCGGUCACGCCACUGGUGGUAGUGCCGGUUCCGGGGUGGCUGGAGGACGAUCACGACUUCAUUUGCUGGAUCUUGGUAGUUGCCAACAAACGGGUCGGCCCACCGGAAAUGGCCAAUCGUCAGCUAACAACAUGACCCUAUCCGGUUUGGGUAAUGUACUGGUGGCUUUAUUCAACGGUCAGCGACAUCUACCGCAUCGUGAACAUAAGAUCACUCAAGUACUUCGUGAAUGUCUCGGAUCGCUGACGUGUCAAGCCGCUCUGGUCGCUCACGUUGCCGCUUCAUCCGCCUACUCGGAGACCCUCUCCACCGUGCAGAUGGCGUCCAGGGUCCACAGGAUGAGGCGUAGGAGGAUGAAACAGUACAAUAACGCUGGAUCGGGUGGCUCAGGAUCAGGUGGCAGCAGCGAAGAUUCCAGUCGAUUGGGCCUGUCUCGAUCUUCGGGUGGCGAGAGUUCCACUGGUGGAUCAGCUGAUCCAUCGAGCAGCGAACAGUCAUGUGACACGGUCAUCUACGUCGGCCCGAUCGACGACGCCACCGAUGGCGAACAUCCGCCCGUUUAUUUACCAAGUCUCAAUUCAGGAGACCAUCGUUGUUCCAUGUCUCGUGCGUUGAGAGGAUCUACCGUGGACCGUCCGGCAGGUCAGCAACAAUCGAACAGAAGUCCAGUGCAUCACGCCAAGAAAGAGAGUCCGACGCCGGUGGCUCCUUCACGAUCGCCGCAAAUUCAGCGCAAAGUAGCCAAAUGCGAACCCAUCCAGCAAUCCAGCAAGCAGAGUGGUAGUGUGGCUGUUAGCAGCAACGAAGAGCAGUGGAUCGACGGACCGAGAUUCAACAAGACUCGCAUUUCUCAAGCGCGAAUGCAAGUGGUACGACAUCAACGGGAAAUGUGGGUGGAUGGCCCGCCUACCGAUGCUGCCCAGGUGUUACCAACGCCCGCAGUCUUACCUACCGUUACUCCGACUGUCAAUCAAGCUCCGCUAGGAUACGGUUUCAUGGAUCAGCACAAACAAGGAAUGAUCCGCCAAUGGGUCGAAAAUCAAAGUGUCCAGCAGCGACACCCACCGGUGCGGACCAACGGACAAAUGUGGAUCGAUGCUCAGCCCCGGCCAGCCCCCGAGCCAGGCACUCCAGUCAAGGUCUUAACUGUCUUUAAGACAUGCCCGGAUGACGAAGAUGAGUCGAAAGAAGUCGAUAACGCGACGCCUGCUGAAAAUACCCGUUCGCCGAGAGUAAAUCGCCAUCCGGUUCCAGUGAAGCAGUCUCGCAGAAAAGCCGAGUCUUCUCUAACGGAAGAAGUCACCAUUUCAUCCAAUCCCAAACAGCCACCAGAAGAGAAGCUCAACUGCUUGAGCGGCGUCAGUGGCGCCAACAUUGAAAGCGUUGAGCCGACGGCAUCGAGCUUAACGCUGGAACAGCUCUACUCCCAGUGCGAACAACUGGCAGACUCGCUUGUCCAGGAAGAAGAACAUGUCGCUGUUGAGGACUCGUCGACCGAUGAAGCCUCUGACGAUCUUUCAGCCGCCCUGGACGUGACAUCCGAACAGGUUUCAAUCAGCUGCGAUUCGUGGAGGCGUGUCCGACAUCGUGACGAAGACGACAAUACCACAGUGACGGAAUUUAAAGUCUCUGAGGCGGCCAAUCAGAGAGGCCGCCAUGCUUCCCCCAUGCAUGGCCGCGGUGGAGAUUACAGUCCCGAGUACAUCGAAGUCGAGGAACCAGAUGAACCUGUACCUACACAAGAUUCUUGCCUCCAAGUAACCGAAGAAGAUAUCGCCUUCUCCAUGAUGGAAGCCUUAGAGGCUAAAUGUAACGACACGCGCAGCCUGUGCAGCUUCGGCGACGGGGAAGAACAUCCGUUGCGUGCCCUUUCGCACGAUAAUUUGACCAUCAUUUCACAUUUUACCGGAGAGACCUACUCGCAAGGCACGGCCUGCGAAUGGGAACCCAUUGCGUCAUCUAUUUUUGAUCCGAUGCCCUCGUCUUCCGCCAUGGAAAAUGCGGAAUUCUAUCAAACACAGCUGGAACAGCUGGCCAAGUUGCAUCAGCAAAUCUACCAGCAAUCCGUUGCAGGAAACGCUGCCGGAACUCUUCAUCCCACGCCACUUAGUGCUCUUACUAACUGUAACAUCGGAUCUUUCAAGGAUUUGCCACUGCUCACCCAGGAUUGGAACAACGUGGCCGUCAGGACUUCGCCCGGAAGAAACGGCUUAGGUCAGGAAACUCGCAAAGCAAUGGUGUCCACCAUUGGCAUGGAAUUAGAACGUGAGUUGGGUAUCCAGGACGCCAAUCAAGCUGCUCUUCUGUCUUCCUUGAGACAUCCGGACGGUGCUUCCGAUCCGCAUUUGGAUCAACAUUCUGGCAAGGCUUACGAAAGCUCCCGUUCAUGUGAGUUACAACAACAACAACAGGAAAGGUUACCGGGCAACGGAGCAUCUAACUCUGAUCCUGAGGAGGAGAUGGCCAUAAAAUCUAAUGCAAUUAAGACCGCAGCAACGAUGGCUAAUUUGAUCCCUGAACGCGAGCAGUGCAAAAGCUUUAAUGAAGAGAACAGCGUUGAACACGAGAAAGUAAUUCAUCAUAAAACGCCUAAACUAAGCCGGUUUUUCUCCGGUUCCAAGAACAAGCAACAGUCGAGCUCAAUCACUAAGCGCAACACGGCCACCAGCACGGUGGCCAGCCCCAUACCAACUCCCAAAGCGACGUCAUCAGCCAAAGCGUCGCCCAAGGUCGAGAAGCGUUCAAAGAGCCGAGAAAAUACGAGUAAACACAAUUCGCCCGCCAAGUCGCUCUCCAAAUCGCCGUCUCGCAUCGAUCCAACCACUUCUGUCUCGAUUCCUCCAUCGCCCAAGUCACAAUCGUCCAAAUCCAGCAACAAGAAAGAUAAACUGAAGGCCAGCUCAUCGCAUAAGAGCCCGAAGAAGGAUUUGAAAAUCAACUGGGACGGAAAGUCAUCCGGAUCAAAACGUGACGUCAAAUCUUACGGAUUCAGUUACGAGAGCUGUCAGCAAACGGCACCCAGCUCGUUGUGUCCGUCUGAAGGUUACGAAAGUGGAGGGUCAGAUUCUGGUGUUCACCUCAGUGCAGCCUCUCCUAUCAAGAGCCGUCGGCAUGCCCAGCAGAUACAACAACAGCAACAGAUUCGCCGUCAGCAUUUGAUGCCGAUCGGCGAAAUGUCGAGGAAAAACUUCUCGAGUGGAACGAGCACCAGCGGAUCAGGUGGCUCAGGCGGGUCCGCUGGCCAUUACGAGAGUUCCGGUUAUGAAAGUGUCAUUCGAGAUAGCGAAUGUUCCAGCUUAGGGUCCAGCAGCCAAGACUCGGAUCGCGAAGCUCAUCCCUUAGCUCUGGCUAUUAGCACUGGCAAACAACCUGCUACGAUUGGUCAAUCAAGCAGUUGCACAAUACUUUAAGAAAAAUAAUUGAGGAAUGAGAAUUUCAAAAAAAAAAGGACCAAGACGAGAAACAAUUGAAUGUCGAGAAAACGGGUUGUCUUAUCCCACGACGAAUGUCGGUCUAGACUUACUCGAUCUAUAAUUUGGUUCUCGAUGAGAAAAUGAGGUUCUAUGCUGGAAAUGGCGCUUUUCUCCCUUUAAACGGGAAGAACCUUUCGUUUGCGUCAGCAUUGUUUUUGUGGAUUACGACGUAUCCUUGUGUUUUUGUCGAUUGCACAUCAAGCUAACGGACCAUACUUUUCUUUUUCAUCUAAGCUUUCUAGUGUAAUGGAUUUCGUCUCUCUGAAGCUUGUCAUUUCAUGAGAUUCUCGGGCGCGGGUGUAUGUGUUUGGUCUCUGUAUUAAAUUGAAACUUUCUACAAAUUUCGUAACUAUGGGACAUGAGUGCGACAAAGAAAAUGAAAUACUUGGAAUUGAGCAGAAAACGCUGUCAUUCGUUGGUCACAUUUAAAAAAAAACAUGUUGCUUUUUUUCUUUUUCUUUUUAAUUGCAAAUUCUAUGGUGAACAUAAAAGCGAAAUCUUUGUAUCAUUCUCCAAAACGUUUCGUGAUGUGUAUAUACAUAAUAUUACCUGAAAGUGAUUUUUACAUACACAAGGUUAGCGUCUUUUCCUCCGUA